AUGGAUGUUCAAUCAGAUACAUCAGCAAUAGUAGAUGAUGAAAAUUUAGCUUUACUCAAUUCAGAUAAUGAAUUAGAUGUAUCUGUCACACAAAGAUCAUCUAUGUCAUGGAUUAUGGCUGCAGGUCUUAUUGUUAAUGCAGCUAUGGGUGCUGGUCUUUUGAAUAUAGUCAAAGCUUAUGACGAUGCUGGUGGUAUAUUUAUUAGUUCAAUUCUUCAUGGAGUUGUUGUUAUAUUGGUACUUGGUGCUUAUGCUAUUUUAUUUGUAUGUUCUGAUCAAUCAAUAUCAUCAUAUGAAACAUUUGUUCUUAUGAAAUGUGGAAAAGUUUGGCAAAGAAUUUGUUCUGCUUGUAUUAUAUUAUAUAUGUAUGGUUUAAGUAUAACUUUUUUUAUUAUUAUUGGAGAUCAAUUAGAUCGAUUUCUUACUUUUUUUGAUCCAUUGUUUUGUCGUCAUUGGUAUUUUGAUCGUCGAUUUACAAUAGCCAUUACAUCAUUAUUACUUAUAUUUCCAUUAUGUUUUUCAAAAACAAUUAAAUUUCUUCAAAUUCCUAGCAUGUUAGGGGUAUUAGCCAUUAUUUAUGUUGUUAUUAUGGUACCGAUUGAAUAUUUUAUAAAGAGACCAACAGAUGUUUCAAUAAAAACAAGUCCAGAAUCAUGGACAGAUAUUUUCUUAGUUUUACCAACAAUGUGCUUUUGUUAUCAAGCACAUGUAAAUGCUGUACCAGUUUUUGUUGCAUUAAAAAGUCGUGCUGAUUGUAUAAAAGCAACAUUAGCAUCAACAAUUGUUCUUAUUCUUAGUUAUUGUUUCGUAGCUAUAUGUGGUUAUCUUACAUUUGGUACUAAAGUUGAUCAUGAUAUUUUAAUGUCAUAUCAACCAAUAUCAGCCGCUGUACUUAUUGCUAUAAUUAUGGUAGCAAUUAAAACUUAUACAGCUUAUCCAGUAAAUUUAUUUUGUGGAAGAACAGCAAUUGAGUCAUUGUCAAAUGAAUCAACAACAUCAUUGAUAGCUACGAAUCAAAGACAAUCAGCAUAUCGUCGAAUUUUAAUUGUUUGUCUUUGGUUUUUUUCAACAUUAGCUGGUGCAGUUUUUUUACCAAAUAUUUCUGUGGCAAUACAUUAUUUAGGUGCACUUGCAGCUAGUUUCAUAUUUAUAUUUCCAGGUCUUUGUUUAUAUUUUCAUAUUGAAGAACAAUGGAUUAAUUCAUGGGGAAAUAUUAUCUCAAUAUCUAUUGCUAUUUUUUAUGUUGCUAUUGGAGUAUUUGUUACUGUAUUAACAUUACUUCAAUCAUUAAUAUCUGAUAUUACUGCUAACGAAACUAGUGAAACAAAAACAUGUUAA